AUGCCACUAAAGGUUAUUGUCGUUGGUGCCGGCCUCGGAGGCUUGGGCACAGCCAUAGCGUUGAACCGGGCCGGACAUGAUGUUCAGGUUAUUGAGCAGUCCGGCUUCCACAACGAAGUCGGUGCAGCUAUCCACGUUGCCCCUAACGCGAGUCGUAUCCUGAAAGAAUGGGAAUGCGACUUCGAACAGCUACAAGCAUCCAAGUGCAAUCGACUUCAAGUGUGGAACUCGUCCGGCGAGCUUCUUUGGACCCCCGUUGUGACCAAGGAUCUCCAAACAGCACUGGACAUUCACGAUGACUGGCUCUUGACUCAUCGUGUUGAUCUACACAAUGCCCUUCGGGCGACAGCUGCGAAGGGAUUCAACAGUAGAUCAGUGAGCGUCCGGCUGUCUUCUCGUGUAAAAUCAGUGGAUGCCGAGAGGGGAGUCGUCACACUCGAAGAUGGAAAUACGUUCACUGGUGAUUUGAUCAUUGGUGCGGAUGGAAUUCAUUCCCGAACCGUGAGUAGCAUCACCGGACAGGAGUCGCGGAAGGAAAGUACCGGUCAAAAUUGUUUCCGAUUCUUGAUCCCCGUCUCCAAAGCACAGGAUAAUAAACUGGCUGCCUCUAUCUUAAAAAGGACUGGAUUGGAUGGUCUCCAUGCGUUCACAGCAAGUGACCGGCGGCUUGUGUUCUACCCAUGCCGUCAAGGUCAGCUGUUGAAUGUUGUCGGUAUUCACCCCGCGGGAGACGACACCUCAGCGAAGGAAUCCUCCUGGCUGGAUUCCAGUAACGUGGAGCAUCUUUUCGAGGUCUAUAAAGACUUUGGACCGGAGCUCCAAGAAAUGUGUCGCCUUGGUGAAGAUGUGAAGCUGUGGAGUCUAGGUACCCGCUCGCCACCAACAAAGUUUGUCAAAGGCAGGCUUGCUCUUGUCGGAGAUGCAGCACACCCAACUCUUCCUCAUCAAGGUCAGGGCGGUGCUCAGGCAUUCGAGGAUUGUGCAGCCCUUGGCGCGCUGUUCCCCCCGGAGACAACACCGGAUCAGGUGUCUACACGCUUGGAAUUGUACAACAAGGUCCGCUAUGAACGAGCAUUGACGGUCAUGAUGAUGUCAAAGACCCACGACGAGCGCCGCGCAGAGAUGGUUGACGAAUUGCGCCACUAUGUGCCGAACGCCGAGCUCCCUAAAGACAUGUUUUCUUUCACUUGGCCUUCCAAUCCGGCACAAGAUGUCCAGCGCCUCCUAGCUGUUACGACAAAUGCCUAA